CCGCCGGGGCCCAGCAGCCUGGGGAGGAGCCGGCGGAGGAGGCGCCCCCUGGCCAGACGCACGUCCACACGCUGUACAUGGGGAACCUGAACCCCAGGUACUCGCGGGAGGUGCUCUGCAGCAUGCUGAAGGACAUCCUGGGCACCGCCAGCUUCCCCCUGCAGCGGCACCACAUCGAAGUGGUGAAGAAAGCGAGACGGGCCUACGCCUUGGUGCAGGUGGCCACCGAGCUGAGCCUGGAGCACGUCCUGAAGCAGCUCCAGGUGGCCUCGGACACAGAGCAACAGCUACUCCGGGAGCUAGUGAUGAAAGGGAAAACGCUGGUGGUGGGAGAGGGCAAGAGAGCCUCGCUCGGCACAAAGGAGGGCCAAGAGGAGAUCGUGGGCCAGGAGCGCUUGUUCUACGGCGCCUUCAUGGGGAGCGAGACCCGGAACGUGGAAUUCAAGCGGGGCGGGGGCGAGUACCUGAGCGUGACCCUCAAGCACCACGUCCGCAAGUACGAAGGGGGCAGCCUCUUUGUGGGGGUGGAGGACAGCGGCAUGGUGCAGGGGGUGAGGUGUGGGCACCGCGAGGAGGACCGCAUCCGCUUGCUCAUUGACUCCAUUCUGAAAGGCUUCAAGCCCCAGGUGUUCCCGGACGCCUACACCCUCACCUUCAUCCCGGUGCUCAAAGCCGAGGACACCGGCAUCUUCCUGAAGGUGAUCCGGCUCAGCGUCCACCCGCCCAGGCAGCAAGGGGAGCUGCUGCUCUACGAGACGGACCAGGGGGAGGUUUACCUGCGGCGGGACGGCAGCAUCCAAGGGCCGCUCUCCGGGAGCGCCAUCCAGGAGUGGUGCAGGCAGAAAUGGACAGGAGAAGUGCGGAAGCUGGAGGAGCGUCUGGAAGUGCUGAGGAAGGAGAAGGACAGCCUGCAGCAACAGCUCAACCAGCAGCUCCGGACUCCCAAGUCUCGGAUCUGCACCGUGCUGUGAGCGGCCGCGGCGCCGGGGAAGCCAGUAAGGCACCGCGCUCAGGUCACGGAGAUGUGGAUGGAGCUUGAAAGUAAAUUCCGCCCUGGAGCGAGCUCUGGCCUGGGGAAAUAGCUUGAAUUUUCCCUUCUGUUCCUCGAAUGCCAAACCCACCUGGGACCAGGACUCCACUGUAGAAAGAGAG